UGAGUGGUUUGUUUGCAGUCGUUAGUAAUUUAUUUACUGUCGGUUUUAUUUUGUUGUUCCUUCGUUUAUCUGCUUAUGCUCUACUUUUAAGUUAAAAUCUCUAUAAAAUGAAAUAUCUAAUAUGGUUUGUGACGUUUAUUUCGUUUUUAAGUCAUAGUCUAGCACUAUGGUGCUAUCAAUGUACGGCAGCUACGCCUGGGUGUAUGGAGCCAUUCAACUGGCGCGGUGUAGGUUACCUCGGUAACCCAUGUCCUGAUAAUGAAGAUAUUUGUGUCAAGCUCAUUGAACGAAAAGGAGCACAAGAAGUAAUAACAAGAGAUUGCUUGAGCAACUUUAGAGCUUUUCGGACAGACAUUCCUGCAGACACGUAUGAAGGUUGCAGACCAGCUGCCCGGGAUGUAAAUCUAGCAAACUAUGUCAAUAACAGCAUAAAGGAACUUGAUAUUAAAAGGGACUGGUAUGAUGAGACAAUAUGGUGUUUCUGUUUCCUUGACCAUAGAUGUAAUGGGGCAUCAAGUAUGGCAACAAUGGCGUUACUAAUCCCAUCAUGCAUUGUGUUUCUAUUCACUAAAAUGAUGUUCUGAUACACAGACUACAAACAUCACACAAUGAUGUUACACCAAAAAGGUUUUUACUAAGCAGACAAAAAUGGAACCUCUAUGGAGUUUCUAUGACAAUAAUAAGAAAAAAAAAGAAUCUCAAUAAAACAAAUCCAUUUUAGAUGUAUUCUGUUAAUAGAGUAAUUAGAAAUGCACAAGUGACCUUAUUAUGAAAGCAGACAGCUUUAUUAUGAUCUGAAAUAAAUACUAAUAAUUAAGUCCCUAAGGUGGCUAUCAAGCUAAAGUAUGUGUACAUAUUUUAACAAACAAAGAUUUUAAGUGCAAAAUAUUGUAAACAAGCCUUUAUAGUAAAAUUAAUAUUUUAUAAAUAUGUUGCAAUAACUUUAUAUCCAAUCAAUGUCAUCAUUAUGUUCGGCAUUUUAUUUAGAUAAUAGAUAAUUCUGAUUUUUGAGAAGUAACAUUUUUUUAUAAAAUAAAAAAUUAAAGGUUUUGAAACAUUUUUUAUGUGGUGUCUUGUAGUUCAAGUUAUUGCCCUGCAGAAAUAUUAUUAUACUUUGACAUACAAAUUAUGUAAAUAAUCUACUAUAAUGUACUACCAUGUAAUUAAUAUUAGUAAGAUUGAAUCAAUCAUGCACAUUUUUAUAUUUUUUAAACUACAUGAUAUUUUUUAAGCAGGAAACAUUCCAGUAUGAAACAUAGUAUUUUAACAAAUCCGUCCAGUUACUAUUGUUUUUAAUAGUUAAGAUUUAAGUGCCUCAUUGAACUUUGUUCUUUAAGACUGUAGUUUUGUACGCAAUAUUUUAUAUUUUAAUUCAAUUUAUACGCUUUAUAGAAAUAUAUCUAUAUAGGUUGUAAAUGUCACAGCUAAAAAUGUUUUAUUACAACUUACAAAGUGAAAUAAAUGGUUUUAAAUACA